AUUCACUGCAGAUAUAGAGAAAAUGUAUUUUUUUCGGAAAUUACCCUAUUCAACUAUAGUAAACCCAUGCUCUAGAGCAGGAUAUUAUUAGGUUCAAGAAAGACUUCAUUACAGAUCCUGUGAUAAAAAUGUGAAAUACCGUACUCAUAAUAUAUGACUGUGUAUGAACAUUCAUGUUCAUGACCUAUAGUAAUAAUUAUUAUGGAGAAUUGAAUAGGCCUACAGUACAGCAUCAUCUUAACGACACAAUUAUAAGGCGUAAAGUUUAGACGCGCUGCUCAAUUAACGUUAUGCUCACAGCACCAUGAAUAUGUCACGAGGAUACAAUUAUGCUUUUGGCAUUGAAAAGUGGACCGAGAAGGAAUUUGCAGAGCCUUAACUGUCCAGUCUUCAACUGGAACUUGGAGCUUGUACUAAGCUUGGAGUUUGUGAGCUGCUUUUAUCAACAUUCUCAUGGUUUAUGAAAGUUGAAAUACAUUUUUGUCAGAGUGCUUGUGGAAAAUUCGUGAACUUGCUCAAAAUAUGUCAAAGUAUCAUUGAAAUAUACAACUCACUGCAUUUGUGAUCGGUGUGGCAAGUUAUGUAUAUCGAUGAUUCACUCCUUAUUCUCAAAGUUCAAUUACUAUUAUUGGUGCCGUGAAAAGGUGUUCUAGAAAUUAAAAUUCCUUGAAAUUCAGCUUUAAUGUUGAAUUUUGUAAUAAUUUUGAAAUGCUUUGUUUAUGAGCAAUGAAACAUGAAUCGUUACUUCAUAAUAUGUGUUCUACUCCUCAACACUCUGAUUCACUACGAAGCUAUUCAAUCAGCAAUCUUUGAUGACAGCUGGCAAUCGGAUGAUGACAAAUUGGCGGCACUCAGUGAAUUGCCUCUUGAAAGGCUUAUCCUUUUGAAACAACGCUUGAAACAUGCACACAAAAAUAAUAAUAGCAGCAAUAGAGGCUACCACAGCAUGAACUACCCUUUUCCAACUCGAGACAGUGAUGACGAGCUCACCAGUAGGAAACCGCCAAUGCAACGAACCUAUGAGGACUACAGCGAUCACCACCACCACCAUCACGAUCCGCCAUCUUGGAAAGACACAAAAACCGCCAAGAAAAACGUGCAGACUAUUUUCCAGACAACGGUGACGAUUCUGGCAUUUCUAGCUUUCGGCGGUUACUUGAUUUGUCUGAUUUUAACCACAAUCAGAGGUAAUGCUCAAGCGGCCGCUAUGGUUGUACAGCAGAGUCAGUCGUCGACCACGACAACAACCACUAGGACCAAAAGGGCGUCUGGGUUUUUGGUGGGUGAGGGAGUACCGCUGGAUAAAGCCGUCUUUGCUUUGAACCUUAUAGCCGAGGGGUACACGAAAUACCAUCGGUUAUGAUUUUAUAGUAGGUCAAAUCAAAUCAAUUUAUUCUCUAAAUUUACAAAUAAUACAGUACAGUUACAGUGCAUUUAUAUAUACCCUUACGUUGUGAGAGACUCACAUGUAGGCUUAAGCCUGUGUUUGUGAGGGCCUGGCGUAAUUCGCUGAAUUUAAAAUCGAUAAACUAAAUUAUGAAAAUUAAUAUUAUAUUAAACUAAAUUUGAGAAAAAUAGAAAAUUUGAGAAGGUGUUUGGAUUGUCUAGCUGCUGAUAUAAUAAAUAGUACCUAUAUAGUAGGUAGCCUUCAAUAGUGGGAGCUAUUUAUAAGAUAAGUUUGACGUGUAAGACAUUAACAACAUAUUUUUCAAAGGAUCUGUAUUUAAGGGAUACAAAAAUAAGUGGGUUUUCCAAAUAGAAAUGUUUUACGUUUUGACACUUUGUAUUUAGCCUAUAUAAGAUUCAUCUCACUGCUCUAUGCACUAUGCACUAAUGCACUAUGAUACUCUCACUGCUAAAUUAUCAAGUAAUAAUGAUCAGUAAUAAGGUUUAGUGGAAUGGACAUUUCUAGUUUCUUCCAACGGAUACCCAAACUUAGCUUUCUCAAGUAAAAUGGUUCCAAGCUCUCAUCAAACUAAUACGUGAGGCUAUCUGAAUUUUAAUUUCGUCGCAUUCAUAUAGACACUAAUAAUUCUAAGUUUAAUAAAAACUUUGAGGUAAAUACUGAAUAGAGGACUAGAAAAACUAGCGAACGGUGAAUUGGUCCAAUGUUCUCUUUUCUACCAUAAUCACGAUCCUUUGUGAAUAGAGUAAGGCUUAACUCACACUUGGGCGACUCAGGUCGAGAAGAGACUCGACUAGAGUUGAGUCUCUUCUCGACCUGAGUCGCGUAAGUGUGAGUUGAGCCUAAGAGAAAGAUGUAAUAUAUUCUAUUAGAUAGAGUGAAAUUCACAAUAUUAUUAUUAGAAGGGACGUUUUUUGUUUAACUGGUGAAAUAGGAAGAGUUUAACGUUGGUCAUUCCAUAAUGUACAGACAACUAGAUAUCCUCUAUAAUUUUGGUAGUUUUUCAUUUUUUUGUUUUUUUAAGCUUAGAAUACUUGUCAGGUUGAUGGAGCAGGUCUGUCACCCUUCCAACACAUACACCGAGAACAUAGGCUAAUAUAUCACUUAUGUAAGCGAUUAUUAUUACUUCAAAUAUUUCUCGGCUUUUAUCAUAUAAAAUUCAGUAUCCAAUUAGUUGAAUCAGCACUCAAGAGUAGAGAAUACUAUGGAAACCCGUGGAAAUCACCAGUUUAGUGAGUUAUUAGACCGAUGAUCGUUGGAAGCUGAUUGCUCAUGUAGUAUGAAUAAAAGUGCAUAUCCACGAACUGGAACUCUAUUAGAACUGCUGUGAGUGUCAUUUCAAUUAAGUUCCGUUGAGUUUUGCGACAAAAGUCAAAAUGCGUGCCGAAUUCUUCUCUCAAACGUUCAACUCAGAUGACUUCAAUCACAAACACAUCACUUCAGUGUGUUCUAGAAAGCAGCGUCACUGUCAUCACAUCAAUAAUUAUUAAAUUCACUGGUGAGUGUUUUAUAUUUCUCUACUCAAAUUACUAUUGUCUUCUUAAUUCGUCUAUAUCUAUCACUUAGAAAAGGUUACAUAAAGUUUAUUGGGCUCAUAUAGGCCCUAUCAUGAAAUAAAUGAAUCUACACAUUUUUUCAUGUGUACCGUAUUCUUAAUAAUUCAUUUUGUUAUUUGAGUUAGAAUAAGCCUAUCAUCUUUUACUAGCAUUUGUCAUUUCUAUUUAAUAAAGAAUAUUAUAUUAUAUGCCACACUUUUACUCUUUAAGUUCAGAGAAUAUCCUUCAAUCUCGAUCUCGACUGAUUACAUUUUUUAUAACUGUUUUCCCCAUUUUUCAAAUUCAUCGGGACAAAAUAGGCUAUGCUUUUUAUUCACCUUUACUAGCUAACAUUCAUCCACUGAUGCUAUUUGGAAUAAUUUAUGCAAAAUGAAAAUUCGUAUAAAUCGAAUAAUUCAACGAAAAAAGAUUUAUUCGAUGAGAUAAUCAAUGUUGUUUUCAGUAUUCUAUUCUCACUUCUACCCGGUCUUCCUCCGUAGAUGCGACUCAAAUUUUCGACCGUGUCCAUUUCUUUAUUAACGCACGAUCUUUUGAGCGCUUGCAAGUAUUCACACACUCAAUCAGCCGCUUUAAAAGGAUCAGAAACUCGUUAUUCCGAGUUUUCUUCUCUCGGGACCCCCUCAGCGUGCAUCGUUAUCUAUAUACAUAUAUAUUACUAUAUCCAUAAUGUGACCUUUUCCAUAUUACAGUAUAACAUUCUGCCAUCUAGUAUAUGUUAUAGAUAUUGGACUUGGGACAGGAUUUAAUAAUGCGUUUAGGGUACUGUAGGCAUUAAAUAAACACCGUUUUAUUACGGAAUGUGUAUAUUUCAUGAAAAUAUCGUAUUCCUUCCUUUCUCAGCGGAACUUGAAUAUGUUUUCAGUUGCGCGCGGCAAUAAUUUACUAUAUUAAACCGCUUGAUUCGAUUGCCACUGUAAGCCAUUACUGGCUAAAUGAUUUAAAUAAUUAAAACACGA